AUGGAGCAACUUUGGAGGCGAAUAGAACGAAUCUACGAUGCAAAGCUGCAGGCCAUAAAGGAGCGAGAAGAGAAGGAGGUGGAAAAAAUGGUCGCGCGGCUUCGCCAUGAAUAUAAAGAAAAUCUCCUAAUCAAGCAAAAACAAUUUGAUGAACUCGCUCAACGCAAGGAUGAUGAAUAUAGAAGCAAAGAAGAUGCGCUGAGAGAGGAUAUUCGACUUAGUUUUGAGAAAAAAAAGCUGGAAUAUGAACGGAUGUGGCGAGAAAUAGAAGUGGCACAGAAGGAAAUUCAGUUCCGCCAGCAACUACUCGACGAUGCUCAAGCGAAUUUUUUAUCGAAGAAAGAAAAUGAGCUGCAUCGAAUCGAUCAAGAAAGGCGUACGGUGGAAAGGUUCAAGGAAACUCUGGUAUCUCGGGAAAGGGCUGUGGAGAAAAAGCUGCAAGAAGAGCUCAAAAGAGUGCGCGAACAACACAGAGUGCAUAUGGCGCAGAUGGAGGAAAUGGCUCAAUAUCAAGAAAAAUUGUCGCAGACUGAAUUAGCAUUAAAAGGCGCCAACGAAAGCAAAAGGAAAAUGGAUGAACAUUUGAAAAUUUUGCAAAUGCAAAACGACGAACUGCUAGAAGAGAACGAAGAAUUGAGAAAGAAAUUGGGAAGGCAAGAAACAUCCAUUAGCAAUCUCAAAAAACAGCUGAAAUUAGUGGAGGAAUCAGCGGCGAUACGUAUAAACGAUCUCAAAUUUCACCAUCGAUUAACUGUGAAUAAACUACAAGUUGCCGAUUCGCAGUUACGGGCGUAUCAUAUGAUGGAAUUGGAAAAACCGAAUCAAUCCCACGACCAUCGUGCUACUUCAGAAACAAGGUUACCACUAGCGGAUUUGGAGUCUGUCUCAACAUCGACGCCUUCCGAAUCUUCAUUCGAACAAAAUUUUCGCGAUCGAAUGAAUGCAAUUGAACUUUCGAAACAGGUUAAGCUUAAAAUUGGCGUCGCGCUUGUACUGUGGUUGACUGAGAUGAGCGUUUGUAUCAUUGUUAGAAAGUGA